AUGGAGAAAACAUCCUCUUCUUCCUUUCUGCUAUUACUGUCGUCGUUUUUAUUAAUAGCUCUUCAUGUUAUAUCAAUGAAUAUCAACACAGAUGAAACUUCUCUUCUAGCCUUGAAAUCUCACAUCACUAAUUUAGACUCUGAUCAUAUUCUUUCGACUAACUGGUCUUCUUCAACUUCAGUUUGUAACUGGAUUGGAAUCACUUGUGGCUCUCGUCAUCAAAGAGUUAUUGGAUUGCAUAUUUCAGACAUGAAUAUUAGUGGUACCAUCCCACCACAACUUGGCAACCUCUCUUUUCUUGUUUUUCUUGAUCUAAGCCUCAACAAUUUCCAUGGUGAACUUCCACCAGAAUUUUCUCAUUUACGAAGAUUGAGAGAAAUUGAUCUUAGUUACAACAACUUCACCGGAGAAAUUCCAAUAGGAAUAGCCACUCUCCCGCGUUUGAAAGGGUUGAGUUUGGCAUUCAAUGAAUUACUUAAUGGCACCAAUGCGCUCUCCAUAUUCAACAUCUCAACACUAGAAUAUUUGGAUCUCGGAAAUGCUGGUUUAACUGGUGAUUUCCCUUCUGAUUUAUGUCGCCGUGUUCCUAGAUUGAAAUCCCUUGGACUUGACUCCAACAUGUUAAGUGGAAGGAUACCAAGAACCAUAUCUGAAUGCUCGGAACUUCAACUCCUAUGGUUGAAACAAAAUAACUUUGUUGGAGAAAUUCCAAGAGAAGUAGGUAAAUUACAGCUGCUGGAAGAAUUACAUCUUUCAGAAAACAAAUUACAAGGCACAAUUCCAGAUGAGAUCGGCCAUCUUUAUAGCUUGAAGAAGUUAUUUAUAGGAAAAAAUGAGUUAACAGGCUCAAUCCCUCUGACCAUAUUCAACAUUUCAUCACUUGAAUGGUUAGUUAUGAAUGCUAACAAGCUUGAAGGAUCUCUAGCAAGAGAGAUUGGAAAUUUGACUAUGCUUACACUACUACAUCUUUCAGAUAAUGACCUGACUGGUGUAAUUCCAUAUGAAGUUGGUAAUCUAAAGUACUUGACAGACGUUGCAUUCUCUCGCAAUAACUUAAGUGGAUCGAUCCCUAUUGGUAUCUUCAAUAUCUCAUCCCUUGAAUCUUUUACAAUCAUAGAUAACCACAUUUCAGGUGAUCUUCCUUCCACUAUAGGCCAUGGGCUACCUAAUGUUGAACUAAUACUGCUAAGUGGAAACAACAUUAACGGCAUCUUACCAAGUUCCAUCUCAAAUUUCUCUAAGCUUCAAUUUCUUGAACUCGCUAGAAAUGAACUUACAGGUUCAAUUCCGGAAUCUCUAGGAAAUUUAAGACUACUUAAAAAUCUCAACUUGUAUGGUAACUCCUUCACAGGUGAUUUGACCUUUAUUACUCCUUUGGCUAAUAGCAAAAACUUGACAAGAUUGCUAUUGUCUUUCAAUCCCCUAAAUGCAAUGCUUCCCAAAUCCAUUGGCAAUCUUUCUUCUCUUCAGUAUUUUGAGGCGACAGGAUGUAACCUCAAGGGCCAUCUUCCAAACGAAGUCGGAAAUAUGAGAAAUUUAUCUACUUUGGUUCUGGAUGGUAAUGAUUUUACUGGAACUGUCCCGAUGACGAUAAGUUCUUUGAAAAAUCUUCAAAGGCUUUCACUUGGUAGAAACAGAAUAAGUGGUCAUUUUCCAACUGUUUUAUGUGAGCUACCCAACUUGGGCAUGCUAACACUUUCACAAAAUCAAAUGUGGGGAAAUAUUCCUAGUUGCUUGGGAACUGUGACUUCCCUAAGGGAAGUUUAUCUUGAUUCCAAUAACUUUAGUGCUAGCAUACCUUCAAGUCUGUGGAACCUCAAAGACAUUUUAAAGCUGAACUUGUCUUCUAAUUUCUUCAAUGGUUCUCUACCACUAGAAAUUGGAAACCUCAAGGCUGCAAUACUUCUAGAUCUUUCCAGAAACCAUAUCUCAGGCAACAUUCCAAGUACAUUGGGAGGACUACAAAAAUUGAUUCAACUAUCUCUGGCUCAUAACAGAAUUGAAGGAUUUAUUCCUGAGACAUUUGGGAAACUCAUAGAGUUAAAUGCAUUGGAUCUUUCGAAUAACAAUAUGUCUGGUGUGAUUCCAAAGUCAUUAGAGGCACUUAAGCAGCUAGAUUCCUUUAAUGUCUCAUUCAACAGGUUACACGGGGAAAUUCCAAAUGGAGGACCUUUUGUUAAUCUCUCUUACCAAUCUUUUAUGUCGAAUGAAGGAUUGUGUGGUAACCCUCAAAAGCAUGUUCCAGCUUGUCCUUCUAUUUCAAAGAAUCAGUCCAAGUCAAAGAAAAGAAGACUGAUAUGGAUUAUAGUUGCCUCUUCAGUUAUCUCUGUAAUAGGGCUUGCCUCAGCAAUAGUUUUCGUGUUGAUGAGACGUCGAGGUAAAACAAUCAAUGCUGAUGAUGAGUGGUCACCUGAGGUAACACCACAAAGAAUUUCUUACUAUGAACUUCAAAGAGCAACUCAGGGCUUUGAUGCAAAUAACUUGCUAGGUAGUGGAAGUUUUGGUUCUGUUUACAAAGGGGCAUUAGCAGAUGGGAUGAUUGUAGCUGUCAAAGUUUUCAAUGUGCAGAUGGAAGGUACAUUUCAAACCUUUGAUAGAGAAUGUGAAAUCUUUCGGAAUCUUCGUCACAGAAAUCUUACCAAGAUCAUUAGCAGCUGUUGUAACUUGGAUUUUAAAGCACUGAUACUUGAGUACAUGCCAAACAAGAGCUUAGACAAGUUGCUAUAUUCUCUAGAUUACUGUUUAAGCAUAAUGCAAAGAUUGAAUAUCAUGGUUGAUGUUGCAUCUGCUCUGGAAUAUCUCCAUCACGGUUACUCAGUUCCGGUUAUUCACUGUGAUCUGAAGCCUAGCAACGUGUUACUUGACAAAGACAUGGUGGGACACCUGACUGACUUUGGCAUUGCCAAACUUCUAACCAAGGAAGAAUCAAUUGCUCACACUACAACCUUUGCUACAAUUGGUUACAUUGCUCCAGAGUAUGGAUUGGAAGGCCUUAUAUCCAAGAGGUCUGAUGUUUAUAGUUAUGGUAUCAUGCUGCUGGAAACUUUUACGAAGAAGAAACCUAAUGAUGAAAUGUUCACUGGAGAUAUGAAUUUGAGAAGCUUCGUGCAUAAUUCACUUCCUGAUGAGCUGGAUCAAAUCAUAGAUGUUGAUUUACUAACAGUAGAUGAACAAAACUUAAGUCAAAAGCUGCAAUGUGUGUCAUCCAUCAUGGAGUUAGCAAUGAAUUGCACGUCUAAUAUUCCAGUUGAAAGGAUGAACAUGGCUGAUGUUGUAGCAGCACUGGAAAAGAUCAAACAGAAGCUUUCUUCCUGUUAUUGA